AGGUUACAUGUGUACGACAUGUGAAAAAAACCAACAACAACGGAAAGGAAAGGUGCUAGUUUAGAAUUUGUAUGAAUUAAUGUCACAUCAUGCAAAAAGCACAAGCAUCAAACCAAGAUAACCCAGUUGUCUUUUUCGAUAUUGAAAUCGGAGGUCAAGAGAUAGGUCGCAUGAAGAUGGAAUUAUUUGCAGAUGUGGUGCCAAAAACAGCGGAAAACUUCAGGCAGUUUUGCACAGGAGAACAUAAGAAAGACGGAGUUCCAAUUGGCUUCAAAAAAGCAACUUUCCACAGAGUUAUCAAGGAUUUUAUGAUUCAAGGAGGUGACUUUGUAAAAGGUGACGGUACUGGAAUGUGUAGCAUAUAUGGGACAUCAUUUGCAGAUGAGAAUUUCAAACUAAAGCACGACUCUCCUGGAUUAUUAUCUAUGGCCAACUCCGGUCCAGGAACCAAUGGGUGUCAAUUUUUUGUCACAUGUGCGAAAUGUGAUUUCCUCGAUGGAAAACAUGUUGUAUUUGGAAAAGUUAUCGAUGGUUUAUUAGUGAUGAGAAAAAUUGAGAACAUUCCAGUUGGGUCCAACAACAAGCCAAAAAUCCCUGUUGUAAUCUCCCAAUGUGGGGAGAUGUGAAGAGAAAAGCCAAUAGUGGGGAGAUGUUAAGAGAAGAGAACAGCCAGUAGUGGGGAGAUGUGAAGAGAACAGAAUAGCCAAUAGUUGGGCAACGAGACAGUUACAUCGUAUAUCCUGUAGCGGGGAAAUGUAAUGAGACUGAAAUAUAACAAGCAGCAUUGGACAGACCUUCUUGAGACUAAACAAAAUUUAAUAUGGUGCUCGAUGAAAUGCUGAUUUUUUUUAUAUUGAGGCAUUACCAGAACCUAGCCCACUGUGCCGCAGUUCUGCUGUUCUACUCUUGGUGUACACGACCAAAUCGUUUUUAUGUUAUUCCUUAUUUGAUGAAAUGUGCAUAAAGGCAAUCAUAAGAUGCACUAAGUAAUACGUUACUGUACUAUUAAAUUAAAGACUUGUACUGUAUGGAAAAAUAGUUUUAAGUGUGGGUCAGUGUUUACCAUAGAGGUAAGAAGGGAAUGUGUACUCAUGUGAAUAAGCAGCACUAUGUUAGGAUUGGCAGAAGUGUUGUAGUGGUGUUCCUCAUUACCGCAUACAUAGAUUCCCAAGCAUCCGAUUGGUUAAAAAGCAGGUAAUAACUUCAACAAUCACUCCUAUGACGUAGGUUGAAUGGUACUGUAGUUCAUAAAUUCCCGGGUAAAAAAAUUAUCACGUUAAUUGAUUACAUUUUCCCCCCAUUGCAAUGUAAUCUCUAGGCCCCACUUUUACCGUCACUGUAAUUUAUGACAACCAUGGACAGUAAGUAGGACUGCGACCUCUACAACAAGAGAUUAGCCCUUUGGCCGCGCCAAUCGAUGCUAGCCGUACUUAGUGGGUACUCAUUUCAUUACUUUUCUUAGGCCUCGUAGAAUCUGUGUAUGAGGUAUAUAAAACAAAUAUCUAUUGCUCUAGAUUCAGGGAACAGUGAAAUCUAUAGCCCCUUAGUGAUAUGGAGACUGUAACCUAUUAUCAGUCAGUAUUUGUAUACUAAUUUCUUGGCUCUUCCCCCCCCCCCUCCCCUCCCACCCACUCUCAAGUUUUAUGUAAUUUGCCCAUUAUUACAUAGGUGUGUUAUGACAUCAUCAUGCUAACACUGUACAUUCUUAUGUAAAUGAAGCAAUAAUUUGGUGUUCAUGUUGCAUCUUAAUCUUUUUAGAAGACUUCAAAUCAAUUUGUAAUAAAAAAAAUAAAAAAAAU